UGAAGAGUGGCGCGUCAGAACUGCACAAGGCACAUAAAACAAGAACGGGAGAAGAAAAGUAAUAAUGCGCGGCAAGUUGGCGUCGUCGAGACAAAAAGUCACCAGAGGUGAAGCCGCUGGUUGGGCAAAGACAGAGUCGAGGUGAGUCGAGUCGAGGUGUAGAAGCGAAGCUCAACAGCGUCAGCCUUGCGACAGAGCCGUGGACGCGGAUGUGGGGGAUCUCGAGGCUUGCAGAAAAGAUUCAACCCCGAAGGGGGCUGCGAAGGCGAAGCAGAAAAAAAAAUCCUGCCCAGGGGACGGCGCGGCGCGUCGGAUCGGGUGCCGCAGGCGUGAGCGGCGUGCAAAAUCGCGUGAAACACGAGGUUUGCGAGGAUUGGAGAUGGACGCCGAUGGUUUGCGAGGGGACCUGGCGAUUUUGGGGAUGCGCGCGCUGGCCGGUUGAUGAUGGGGAGUGGUUGAAGACACAACUGACAAGAUUCGGCGUGAUGGCUGGUGCGGUUCUGGCUCGGCGCGCUUCAGUACAUUUCAGCACGGCUCCUGCGCACGCCUCAGGCUGGCACAGCAAAAGGAAGAGAAUUUGCGUCGAAUUAGGUCUAGGGCGGCUUUGGAGGUCACGUGGAGCGAUACUUGCACCUUGUACUCUCUACCCGGCGCCUCCCUCUCAGGCCAAGGCCCACAUUUUCGUCCUGGGGCCUCGUCUCUCGAGAGCAGAACAGCAGCAGUAGCUCCAAGAGGCUGCCAUAAAGCCUCUAACAGUACCUAUCUAGCAGUAUCUACUUAGCAGUAUCUAAGCCCAGCACCUGUUGUAGGAAUCCAGUCAGAUACUCCUCAGCCUUUUGGCAGCAGUACCUACUAUACCUACUACCUGAUUUGGUUAAAGAAGUCAUCAUUACCGCGGUUUUUAUCUUCAUAUGGUAUUUGGUGGUGGUCGGGGCGGCUAUAUCUCG